UUGCUUCAGUCAUACUUUCACACAAAAAAAAAAUCCGUCCGUCGUAAAGAUAAAAUUGAUGCCAUCACAUUUAUUUACACCAUUCAGACGUUCGCACUUAUAUUUAAUAAUUAGUCCUAUAUAGAAAAGUUCAAGAUGGAUUUUAACGUGAAGAGACUGGCAGCAGACGCUGGUACUUUAUUCAGUCGGGCUGUGCAAUUCACAGAAGAAAAAUUGGGCCAGGCUGAGAAGACCGAGUUAGACGCACAUUUGGAGACUCUCCUCACCAGGGCUGAAACCACUAAACACUGGACAGAGAAGAUUUUGAAGCAGACAGAAGUGUUACUGCAACCAAACCCAAAUGUCAGAAUAGAAGAAUUCCUGUAUGAAAAACUGGACAAAAAGGUGCCCACACGGAUGAACAACCAUGAGCUUCUGGGUCAGUCCAUGAUUGACUCUGGGACUGAGUUUGGGCCUGGAACAGCCUACGGAAACGCUCUGAUAAAGUGUGGCGAGACGGAACAGCAGAUCGGAGGAGCGGAGCGAGAGUUAAUUCAGAGCUCUGCCAUCAAUUUCCUCACACCUUUCCGCAACUUUUUAGAAGGAGACUUCAAGACUAUAUUGAAAGAGCGCAAACUGCUUCAGAACAAAAGACUGGACCUUGAUGCUGCAAAGACCAAGCUAAAGAAAGCCAAAAUGGCUGAUGCCAGAGCUCUGCCCCUCAGAACUACCCCUCCACCAGGGGACGCUGGCUAUGUUGACAAUUUCUCCUUCAUGGUGAAUUUCCUCCAUGUGAAGUGGCUGAAGAUGUGGGCAGAGGAAGUGACAAAGGCCGAGCAGGACCUGAAGAUGACGCAGAGCGAGUUUGACAGACAGGCAGAGAUCACCAGGCUUCUUCUGGAAGGAAUCAACAGUACGCAUGCCCAUCAUCUCCACUGUCUAAAUGACUUUGUGGAGGCUCAGAUGACAUAUUACGCCCAGUGUUACCAGUACAUGGUCGACCUCCAAAAGCAGUUGGGAAACUUCCCUUCGGCUUUCUCUUCCAACAACAACCAGUCGACGGCCAGCGGCGCGGCCAGCAUCUCUGUACCCAUCCUGCCACUCUCAGGUGCUCUUCCUGCCAGCACAGCCAAUGCGUCUUCAGGUUUCACCGAGCUGCAAAACUUCAGUGGGAGCCGUAAAGCUCGGGUGCUGUAUGAUUACGAUGCCGCGGGCAGCAACGAGCUCUCUUUAUUGGCUGAUGAGGUGAUAAUGGUGAGCAGCGUCCCAGGCAUGGACUCUGAUUGGCUGAUGGGUGAACGUGGGAAUCAGAAGGGAAAAGUGCCUAUUACUUAUUUGGAGCUGCUAAAUUAAGAGAAAAAACAAGUGUUGUUGGAACCAAAAGUGAAACGUAAAGUGUAUUCCAGCUGUGCUGCAUACCGUAUAUGCAACCUUGACAUCUAGUGCUGCUCGCAUGCAACAGUAUUUUAUCGGAUGUGACGUCUUGCAGUCCCAGAAUGGGAAGAGGUUCUAACCGGACGAGUGUUUACAAAUGAAUUAUGAAUUUUGAAAAUGAAUUUUUUUUUGUGCUUUUGAUGUGACAUGCCAAGCAAAAACCAAGCAUUGAGUAUGUGUUUACAACAAGCAAGUAUUAAGACUGAUUGUCAUUUUUAUAAAUUUUAGAUUGGUUUCCAUUCUGCACAUUAACUCAUUUCAGGUUCUAGAACAUUUUAGAGGAAUUCCUGUAUAGGUGGAGACGUAAAUAUGCCAUAAAUUAUUUUCCGGGUCUCAUAUACGGCCCCAUCAUAGCUGACAUGUGCCUCAACUAUUUUCUUCGUAUCUCUAAAUUUCUCUUUAUUGCGUUAAAAGGUUGAGCACACAAAGAAAAUGCUUUAUUUGCACGCAAACAACCUUUCCUCUUAUGCAUUAUGAAACUGUCUUUUAUAUACAUGCAGUCUUCAUAAACCACAUUAAGCAUACAUCCAGUUAUGAUACAAGUAUUCAUAUCAUGAUAAAAACAAAUUCUAUUUUACCGAUAGCUGUACUUUUUUUUUAUACCUAUGUGCCUUACAUUUGUCUUGGAGUUUGUUUUUUAAACUGUUAAAAAAGAAAGACAUUGUUGAGAGAUGAGUGCUGAUUUUAUGCAUAUUGUGCCAUCCUCUAUCUAAAAAAAAAAGUAAAAAAAAAAGUUUUCUCUGAUAUUUUACAGUAUAACUACGAAAGCACAGGUUAUCUAACUGCUUAAAUUCUGUGAUUACUGCCAUAGAUUUAUAAACAGUUUUUUUUUUUUACAUAAUAAAAAUGUGUAGAGUUUUUACCCUUGAG